UUUACGCAGCCAUGCACUUCUGAGAAAAUACAACUUUAAACGGUUUUGUUUAGAACGUCAAUGCGUCACCACAUUCGCCUAUACUUGCAUGUUCAGGGGUAGACAGUCGCAUCAUGGAGGGACAGUUAAAGUGGAAGGUUGUUGUGGAUUGGAAUAACAUUUUUCGUGUCCUUAGGCCAUAUAUAUGCCUGGGCAUAAUUGUCCUGGGUUUCAUGUCAGCAAUUCCGGCGUCAAAGGCGCACCCACAGUGCCUCGACUUUUCCGCACCAUUUACCCACGACCAAGGGAGUGAGCCAGAGUUCUGCACUCUCUACAUUGAAUUCGGAUGCUGCACACGUGCGAGGGAUCAGGAAAUUAAACAGAACUUCCAAAGAAUCGUCUCGGAAUAUAACAGCAUUCACGGGAGCUUGUCGAGCAAUUGCAGUGAUUUUCUUAACGAAAUCCUUUGUCAGGAGUGUUCACCGUACGCAGCUCAUAUUUAUGAUGGUGAGAGCUCACGGGGUAAUGCCAGACAAUUGCCCGGUCUUUGCAGCGGUUACUGUACCGAGUUUCACCGAUCAUGCAGCCAACUUGUCCCCUUCAUCACCGAGGAGGAGCCGCUGCGACGGGCCGCCACAAGUUCGUCCGCUGAAUUUUGUGAAAUGAUGGCCAUACUGGAUGUUGAUUACUGUUUCCCCGAUGUUUUGGUCAGCGAUGACCUCAACCGGUGGGCAGAAGAAGCCAGAUCAGGUACUGGUCGAAGCAAUUGUCUGUGUCUGGAGGAAUUUGCCAGCGGCCUGAGGAAACCUGUCUUCGCCGUCCACGCCAACGACAACACUCACCGAUUUUUCAUCGGAGAGCAGCGAGGGAUCAUCCACGUGUUUUUGACGAACGGUACCAAACUUGAGACCGCAUUCUUGGAUUUGCAGGAUUCAGUUCACGUGACGGCAAAUCUUGGAGAACGAGGUUUACUCGGUGCAGCAUUUCACCCAAACUUCACAGACAAUUCCAAAUUAUAUAUUUGCUACACACUGGGCCCAGGCGUCAAGAGUAUCCGAAUAAGCGAAUUCACGGUUAUGACCGAUGACAUGAAUAGAGUUGAUACCUCAAUGGAAAAGGUUUUGCUUGAGUUUGGCCAGCCAUAUUCAAACCACAACGGAGGUCAGUUACUAUUUGGAAUAGACGGCUACUUGUAUGCAAGUUUUGGGGAUGGAGGAUCAGGAGGCGAUCCACUGAAUGCCGGACUCAAUCGGAACACUCUUCUUGGUAAGAUUAUCCGAAUUGACGUGGACAACCCAAGCGGUGACCGAAAUUAUGGCAUUCCACCGGACAACCCGUUUGUAGGGGUGGCCGACACCCGCCCAGAGAUAUACGCUUACGGAGUGCGUAACAGUUGGAGAGGUUCGAUAGACCACGGCGAUCGAGUGACCGGAAAGGGCAAGGGACGGAUCUUCUUCGGGGACGUCGGUCAGAAUCAAUAUGAGGAGGUCAACAUCAUCGUGAAAGGGGGUAACUACGGCUGGCGGGCCAAAGAGGGCUACGCCUGUUUUAAACAAGAACAGUGUAACGAACAGUGGCUAGCUAACGAAGUCCAACCUGUCCAUGUCUAUUCGCACUCGGAGGGCAAAUGCGUUAUUGGAGGUUACGUGUACCGAGGUUGCCAAUCGCCCAAUCUUUACGGAAAAUUCAUCUUCGGUGAUUACUACAACGGACAUUUCAUUUUUUCGGCAGGUGAGGUUUACCUGCUGUCAACGAUCGACUCGGGGGUGUUUACCGACGGGGGUAAAAUCCUUAAAAUAGUGGAUCCCGGAAGGAGAGGCAAUCCAUCUGAAUGUAACCGAGAGACUUCCAAUCCUGUGGACUUUUUAACGACCGCAGCAGAAACAACAACGACAGGUGGCUACCUGUACACUGUGGAAUCAAAUAAUGCAUCGUCAGCUACUAAUGGGUUAUUCACCACAGAACUGGAACCAACUGAUCCUGCAUCGACAACUGGUCGACCAUCCACCACAGAGCUGCUUACAACCGAUGCAUCACAGAUCACGACCGUUCCAUGGGACGCAUCAUUAACAACUGAUCGAUCGUCCAUCACUACCGAUCAUACAUUAGUGACUAGUCGACCCUCCACCACCGCACUGCCUGCAACUAAUGCAUCAUUAACGACGGGUCGAUCCUCCACCACAAAUCCGCCCACAACUGAGCCUGCGUUACAGACUGGUCUAUCAUCCAUCACAGAAAUAACCAUGACUAAGGCAUCAUUAACGACUGGUCGAUCAUCGACCACAGAGCUGCAAACAAGUAAUUCUACAUUACCGACUGGUCUAUCAUCCACCACAGAAAUAACCGCGACUGAGGCAUCAUUAACGGCUGGUGGAUCGUCGACCACAAAGCUGCUAACAACUGAUUCUGCGUUAGUGACUGCUCGAUCAUCCGUCACGGAACUUCCUACAACUGACUUUGCAUUAACAACAGGUCGGCCAGCUGCAUCCCGGCUGUCUACAACUGAUGCAUCAUCAUCAACUGACCGAUCUUUCAACACAAAACUUUCAACAACUGACAGUGCAUCAGCAACUAGUCGACCAUCUACCAAGACACUGCCUACCACUGAUGUACCAUUUAUAAUGACAGGUCGACCAUCCAUCAAACAACAGCCAACUGAUUCCGCAAUGACGACUGAUCGAUCGUCUGCCGAAACACCAUCAAUUUACCAACCAACUGUUGCCGACUCUGCGACAGAAAUUUUGACGAAAACAUUUGAUAUAAUCCUUCGACUCAGAAUCCUGGCGUUAAAUGGAACAACAGCUAGAUAUACCGAUAUUCUGGCCGACAGCACCUCCCAGGCAUUCCGUGAAAUAUCAUCAAAAGUGACUGUGGCGGUGAUUGAAGUCCUCCGAAGCUCACCGACCACGGCUUUUGUUGUGGAUUUCGUUGUUUCUUCCAUACGCAACGGGAGUUUGUUGGUUAGCGGUGCUGCCAUCUACCCAGUGAAUUCGAUGGUCGAGCCCGAGGCUUUGGUCGACGUGCUGAAUAGCGCUGGAGAGGCUGAAAGGAAUGCACAUAGUUUGCUCACUAUUGACCCUUCAGCAACGUAUGCAACAGUGGCAAAUGAAGGCUGUCCACCAGACUUCUGCAAAAACGGCGGCAACUGUACGCAACUCAGAGGCCUUCAGGAUCCCGUGUACUCUUGCGAGUGCGUUGGCGGUUACUCCGGAAGUUCGUGCGACAUAUUGGAUGUAAGAAGAAAUGACGGCAUUGUUGUCCCCAUAUUGGCUGCUUUUGGGGGAUUUAUUGUCAUCACGACCAUGGUGCUGAUAUUGACAUGGGCACGAAUUUCAGGAAAACGUCGAAGGCCACAAACAUAUGCGUCCAAAAUGUUUCGGAAUAGAGCUGUCGGUUUGGAGUGCGUGGAAACAUCUGCAACACGGCCUCCAACAGAGUACGGGGGUUAUGGCAGUGCGCUCAGAAACUUCUACUUACCUUACGUUGUUCAGGAGGCAUCUGUGGAGAACUCAUUCACCUGGGACGAUUCCUUCUUCUACUAGCAUACUUCCUAAAUAAUUCAUCUGUUUGUGGAAUGAACAAGAUCGCUCCGGAGCACCGUACAUUUUGUUCGUGGUAUCUACAUCAUUAAUGUUUUUCAUUUACCCCGUCAGCAACAAGAACUCCGAAGAUUUUCUCCUCAUUAAGGGAAAGGUUCUAUAUCUAUCUCCUCUGUAGCAUUUUUGAAUAUUUCAAUCCCUAUUUAAUUCAAUGUAGAUUUAUUGACUUAUGCACGUAGUACGUGAAAGCCGUUUCAAUUUUUUUCCCAGGCCAACGAUUUUACUGUUUCCGCAACAUUGCUGCACUUAAGCAUGUUGUCAUCUAAUUUAUCAAAUGUAAAAUGAUACAUUAUGUAAUGUUGCUCAAGUUAAUGGCCAUGUACUCGGUACUUAAGUAAUGUGAAUCACGUUUGCUUAUUGUAAAGAAUGACAGCAUUGAAAUAAAUCGUUCGUUCGUUCGUUCAUUCAUUCAUUCAAAAAGCACCAAGUUGCACUUAGGCCUAACCUUGUCCUUAACAUGAUUACAGAAAUAUAAUUUACAUAAACAUGAGGAUAUAGAUACGAAAGAAUACAGACUGCUCUCAUAUUUGUGUUGGCGGCCAAAUGUUGCGGAAAUAUCAUUCUUGGCUGGUGUCAGAUUUUAAAUCAGAAUGUACCGUACAUUUGUCCAUAACUUUCAAAGAGGAUCAUAUUUCCAUUUGGUAUUGAGAAGUUCAAUUAUUAAUUUAGCGUUUUGAUAAGGGUGUGAGAUUUUUAACACUUAGUGAGUUAUUUUUUUGCUUUUAAACUGACGGCAAGCCAUGGUUUUACCAGCCGCUGCAUGGUAGACCCAAAUUCGACAGGAUUUUAAAUUAAAGUAGGAACGAAGGAUGAAGGAAAUGAAACCUGCAUUAUUUAUGAUUAAAUUAACGGCAAAAUUCAUCAUUUUUACAAGUAGUUAAAAUAUUUCUCAAUGUGAAUUCCAUUCACACUGAGAUAAUUUUUGGAUAACGUAAGAAGAAAAGGGUGAAGAAAAUUAAACAUUUAUUAUUAAUGAUUGAA